AUGGGGCUGUCGGUGAUUCAAGAACAGCACGAUGUGAUCCUCAACGAGAUCCGCAGCAUCACCCAAGGCGAUUGGAAAUCCCUCAUCGUGGACGAACUCUCGAAAAAAGUCAUCGACAAUUGCAUGAAGGAAGAUGAUAUUCUCAACGUCAACAUUGCCACCAUCGAGCGCAUCGAGGAGCGCCGCGCUCCGAACCCCGACAUGGAUGCCGUCUACAUCCUGACCCCCGACGCGCACAUUGUCGACUGCCUCCUCGCCGACUUUGAGGUCCGCCGGUACCGCAGGGCCUACCUCGUCUGGACCAGCCUGCUCGAGCCGGGGCUGCGACGGCGCAUUGACGACUUUCCCGGCAUCCGCCAGCUGCGCGCCAGCUCCAAGACGCUCUUUAGCGACUUUUACCCCCGCGAGUCGCACCUCGUCAUCUUUCGCGACCCCUGGAGCUUUCCCAUGCUCUACCACCCGGCCUGCAACAACCUGGUCCGCACGCACAUGCAAACUUUGGCACAAAAGAUAGCCGGCGUAUGCAUCACACUUGGCGAAUAUCCCAAAGUCCGCUUCUACCAGCCGCGCAAUCCGAUCCACGAAGCGAGCGUCCUGUGCGGCCACCUGGCGCGCUUUGUGCAGGAAGAGCUCGACGGCUACGCCAAGUAUAACACUAGCUUCCCGCCUCAAACGAACCGGCCUCAGGGCGUAUUGCUCGUUACGGAUCGCGCCAUGGACCUGAUGGCUCCUCUAGUCCACGAGUUCUCGUACCAAGCCAUGGCACACGACCUACUGCCCAUCAAGGAGGGUGACAAGGUCACAUACCACACCGUUAUCAAUGCAAACACAGAAGAAUCUGAAGCGAAAGAAAUGGAACUGUCCGAAAAGGACAAGGUCUGGGUCGACAACCGUCAUCGCCACAUGAAGGACACGAUUGAUAAGCUAAUGGCCGACUUUCAAAAGUUCCUCGACCAAAACCCUCACUUUACCAACGAAAACGCCGAUCCUACCAACCUGAGCGCAAUUCGAGACAUGCUGGCCGGGCUGCCGCAGUUUCAAGAGAUGAAAGGGGCUUACUCGCUGCACCUUACCAUGGCACAGGAGUGCAUGAAUAUUUUCCAGCAGAACAAGCUGCCCGAUCUUGCCUCGGCAGAGCAGACCCUUGCCACAGGUAUCGACGAGGAUUUCCGCAAACCGAAAAAUGUAUUGGAAUCUAUCGUCCGAUUACUCGACGACGAAGCGAUCCGUCCCAUGGACAGACUACGGCUCAUUAUCAUGUACACUCUCUUCCGCGGAGGCAUCAUCAUGGAAGACGUUAAGAAACUGCUGGCUCAUGCCGGUCUACCCCUCUCAGAUGGCGAGGUCAUUAGCAACCUAGAGCUUCUGGGCGGCUCCGUCAAUCACCAGCUCAAGGAGCAGCGACGGCCGUACGCAGCCUUGUUCCCAAAAGAUGCCAAGGCGUCGCAGCUGAAUGAGGAGUCGUUUUUAUCCCGCUUCGAACCCGCGCUAAAACCCUUACUCGAGAACCUUGUGAAGGGCGGUUUAGAUCAAGGGUUGUUCCCGUACGUGAAGCCGCCCUUGGACCCGAACGAGGAACUUCUGGCGGCACAGGGAACGUCGCUCCGCGCUGGACGACCAAACUGGGCGGCGGCCGGACGGCGGCAGCCCGAGAACAAGCAGCGCAUCAUUGUCUUCAUGGCUGGUGGCGCGACGUACAGCGAGAGUCGUGUCUGCUACGACGUCGGCAGCCAAAACAGCCGCGAUAUUGUCCUCGUCACCUCACACAUGUUGACACCGCAAUUUUUUAUCCGCCAAGUCGGCGACCUGAGCCGCGACAAGCGCCAACUCGACCUGCCACUCGAUAGACCCAAGCCCCGCGCACCCGCUCAUCUGCUCGAGCGUCCCGCGCCACCCCGCGGCGCGCAACCACCACAACCCGGACAAGCACCGAUGCAACAAGGCCGCGGCAGCGGUCGUGCGCCUCUGCCGCAAGGCGGCCUCCCUAUCCGGCCCGGACAAGCCAACGCUGCUCCCAGCAAAGCCCCCGCGCCGCCCACACAGGCCAUGGGCAGCAUGACUCUGAACCACCCGCCCGUACCGCCCAGCAACGGCAGCGGGCUACCCCAGGCGCCGCCCUCACUGCCGCCGCCGCCGGCUGCUGACGGCAAGCUACACAAGGAGAAGAAGCGGAGAAACUUUCUGGGCAUGAAGAAGUAG